AUGGCCUAUGUGCUGUCGCUCCGUCCUCAGAGCCCCCUCAAGCGUUCCUUUAGCGAUAACCCAUAUCCAAAUUCCUGCUCGCCUUUUGACGACAAUCUCCAUGCACCACUGACCCGUGCCGCGCUUCGCAACGGCUCCGCCCGUUCUUUCUACUCCCUGAGGGACAGCAGAGCCGUUGAUCGAGCCCAUGCCGAUGAGAAUACGCUACCCCUGACCUCCCAGUCACUGCUCGACUUGGCUUCUGAGAAGAAGAUUUUCCCAGUCACCACUGCACGUGUUGUCGAUGAGCCACGGAAGCGAAACUGCGGCCACGAUCGACCGCCACCAUCCUUCUGCCAGCCAGAACUGCCGUCCCCCUCAGAAGGAGAGGAUUGCCACAAAUGGCAGUAUGUAUCAGAGUCCUGUUCCGAGUAUGAAACUGCGGAUGGAGAAGGUAUGGACCUUGAUGAGCACAGUCCCGAUGAGAACAAUACACAUGCGAACAACUUUGCCGAGACACAUCUGUUCAACCUGUACGAAGCCAUUCACGUGCCACUACCCACUGACCAACUUCCCGACGAUACUGGAAGCGAAACGCACGAGCAGUAUCAUGCAGCGCCAACCAUCACGCAGGCUUCUUCGCAGCCAUUCCGACGGUGGAUGAGCACCCUAAAGCGUCGGCAUGCCCAGCGGUGGAAGGAGGAGAUUAUCGACGUACCACGCUUGUCCAUUGACACAGUCAACACUGUGUCAGUUGUUUCGCAGCCGCUUGGGCGCAUCCCUGAGUCUUCACGGCGGGCCAACGGCUCUUUAACCUCUUCAAUGGAAUACGUAACCGCGAUGAAGUCUACUUCGGUCACAGUUGGAAGUACAAGUAUUGCUCCUCGCUCCGAUAUUGGCCUGCCGAGCAGGGUUCGUUUGGCCAACAGAAGCAGCAACCUCUCUGAAGCUCGCCGAUCACUUGACAGUCACCGUGGUGCGCUAGGACCUGUGCUGGAUGAGAGCGCCUGGCUCCGAGCGCUGCAACGCCGUAAAGUUGUCGAGGAGCUGAUUGCUUCGGAAGAGAGCUACAUUGCAGAUCUCAAAGUUCUGAUCAACGACUACUUUAUGAUUCUCACUGCCCUCCCUACUCUAUCAGGACACACCAAAUCAUCUAUACAGCAAAACCUAUUCCAGAUUCUACAACUUCACGAGGAUCUGCUUGCAGAACUUCAUCAGGUCGUCCCCCAUGCCGACUUCACAAAGAGUGCGAACCAGGAAGCACUCCCUGCAACAAAAGCCAAGCACAUUCGCUUCAACAGCGCGGACGUCACUCCAGGUCGCCUUGCCGAACACAGAGUCACCCGACGGCUCAGACACUCCCUAGAGAUAGGAAGAUCUCCGGAAUGUAGAUCACGUGGACUAGCAACGGACACUGAAACGGCUGGGAAUAUCGCCAAGAUCUUCAACAAACAUAUGAGACGAUUCUUCACCUAUGAAGAGUACGGUGCACACUGGACGACCAUGUCUCAGGAUCUGACUUCCAUAUGUAAGGGUUUGCAUGGUUGGCAAGAGUACGAAAGAGGCGUCGAAGCUUUGCAAAAGGUGAUUGCUUCGCAGAACAAUCGCGAAGCUGGCAACAAAAAGGCACUGAGCUUCUCGGACCUCCUCAUUAAGCCCAUUCAGAGGGUUUGUAAAUACCCGCUUCUCUUUGACGACUUGUGUCGCCAUACUCCUGUUUACGACGAUCCGGAGGCGCACGCCGAACUUGAGAAGGCUCUCUUUCGUCUACAAGAAACGAUCCGCGAAGUGAACAAAGCCAAGGACGAUCCACAAACUCGAAAACUGAUUGAAAUUACCUGGCAGCUGCAAGACCGGCUCACAUUCCAAGAGCACAAAAUUUCCAGAGCACUCGUCUUUCGCAUGCUUGGCCACGUGCUGCUUUGCGGUGUCCUACAUGUGGCGUAUCAGACACCCGAUCGCAUCAAAGGGUCCUACAUGGUGUGUGUGUUGUAUAGAUCAUGUCUAGUACUUGCAACGGCAAGCAGAUUCCAUACUCCUUACACCGUUGUCGCCUCGAUUGCUCUCGCCAAUGCGAGCAUCGAAGACGCUGACAAUGGUCGUGGGAUACAAUGUCAUACCGCACCACACACAUGGAAAUUUGUGUUCGAGCAUGGCCAUCGCCUCCACGAAAUGAUUUUGACCGCGUGCUCUUCUGUGGAAGAAGAAGCAUGGAAAACUCAGCUCCGUGACCGCAUUGUUUAUGAGACGCACGACUUUGUCGAAGGCCAAUCCACCAUGCAGGACAUGUUCACAUCUAUAACCCUGGACCUCAAACCCCUUGGUCCUGUUUUUGGCCAUGCGAACAGCUUGGUGCGACGCAUGUCGGUUCAUCGAGCGGCGACCUUGGGUGCGAAAACAAAUACGAAUCAAGUCAUCAUCAAGAAUACCCAGGCUCAGAAAUUUCCUGAUUCCUCCCCACCACUGUCGCCUGGUAUAGUUGCGAGAUCGCAAUCGCACCUAUCCCCAAACCACAUUCCUACACUAGUACCAAGACGAGCUGAGCGCAUUCGCCUUGAACACGUCUUGGAAGAUGUAUGGACAAAGGACGCUUUGCCAUUCCCGGGCAUGUCCAGUCGUCGAAUGGAGAACCAAAUCAGAGCAUCGGCCAACUCAGUCAUGCGGAAACUGAGCAUGGCAAGCAUUGCCAGUAACUUCUCACGUCGCUCGCCUAGUCUUUCAAACGCAAGCAACUCGAAAUCGGAUGAUUCGUCCAAAGGCCGAGUUUGUAAGGCACCUCAUGGAGCCGUACGGUCUCAUUCGGCAGCUGAGCGACGACCAGUACCAGCUGUCGUAGACUUCCACAGCGCCCCAGCCGCAUUCUUACCAAUCGACUUUGAAGUGGAAGAUCCGCGGCCUUCUAGCAGACAUCGACGCCUUGCAAACUGUACUGGAGAUGCAGAAACACUGGUUGAGAAAUCUUUACAGGCCAAGCCAAAGAAAGUCCGACAUCUUUCCAGCCACAUGAUUGGCAUACCACGGUCGGAAUCUGCGAGACGCGCGGUACAAAGAACUCCUUCUUACGAAUUAGCAGCAAAAGCAUUGCGCGCAGCACCUCCGCGCGUAGAUGCUGACACGAGCACGGAGAACAAGAAGAUAAAGGUGGGACGAAUGAAGGGCCGCGAAACCAAGUCAGGUUCUCCAUGUGCCACCCCUUCGAGGAAGUUCUUGAAAAGCAAAAACAGAAUAUUUAAUCUUUUCCGAUGA